AUGGGCCGACAACCCACCGGCCGAGAGCUCUCCUUCGCGAAGAAGAUGGAAGUAAUCAGUCGCCUCUACAAGCGGUCGACCAUAGGAAAGCUUGCCCAUGGAGCCAUCAACACAACUGCCUCCGAAAUGAACAUUCACCGAUCCACUGUGGCGCGCGUCUGGAAGGACUUCCAUCGCGACGCCUUGAUGCCUUCACGCAAGACAGGCCGUGUCGGCCGCACGCCCAUCUACACGCCCGGUGUCGUUGUAGCCAUGGUCCGCGAGUUGCCUCAGUCACUGCGCACCACCAUGCGAGAAAUCUCCGAAGCUACGGGCAUUCCGCUGUCGACUCUCCACCGGCAUCUAAAAGCCAGAACACUUCGCCGCCGCUCGACAAGGAUCAAGCCAAUGCUCAACGCUGUCUUUGACGACAUGUGGGAUGUCGUACACCCAGGCGAAAAGUGGAUCAAUGCUGACACAAAUGUGCGCAAGGAUUACCUCACGGAGGGUGAAGAUCCAGAGCAACGUUCCUGGUCGAGCAAGAGGUUCAUCCUGAAGGUCAUGUUCCUGGCCGCCGUCGCGUGUCCCCGAUAUGACACCCAGCGUGGCGCCUACUUCGACGGAAAGAUUGGCAUGAGGCCAAUUGUUGAGUAUCGACCAGCCCAACGCAACUCCCGCAAUCGGCCGGCUGGAACUAUCGUCGCAACGUUGGUCAACGGUGACGCUACGGUGUACCGCAACUAUGUCGUGACACAAGUCAUUCCCGCUAUCAAGGCAAAAUUUCCUACCUCGAACAAGCGCAUUGUGCUCCAGCACGACAAUGCAACUCCACACGGCGGCGUCACCAACAAAGACCUUGUAAGCUCAUCAACGGACGGGUGGACCUUUGUUGUUCGCAGCCAGCCGCCAAACAGUCCAGACCUGAACGUUUUGGAUCUUGGGUUCUUCGCAUCACUCCAAACCUUGCAGCACAAGUUGACCGUGAUGCGCCUUGUUCUGGUGAACAAUGGCGGCAACUUCUUCCGCUUGCCGCAUUUGCGUAAGGAUGCGUUGCGUCGUGCCGGUGCACUCAUGUCCAACGUUUCCUGUCCUGUUGCGCUCUUGGCCUGA